UUGCGUUCUAUCACGCAGACCGACCUCCAUCAUGCCGCUUGGAGCGCUGCCACGACGCCGGCGCAAGCGCACGCUGCCCCACCGCGUGCAAUUCACAACUGCCACGACGUUCCUGUUUGAUGUGGCGUAUGGCGGAUCUGCCGUCCCAAAUGAAAGCGGACCGCCCAUUGGCCUUGCACGACGUCACAGUGACUCGACCGACACGGAUCUCUCGCAAUACCUGGACGCAACUUCCCCACGUGGCACGGUUCGCAAGUUUGACCACGUUGAGCGCAUUGCGUUGCUCAAGGCAGCGGCGUAUCCCGUCAAGGAAAUCACGGACUUUUGCUUUGACGCGAUCGACGUUCGAAAGUCCAGACACGAUACCAUCGAAGAGUACAAGCGGAAACGACACCAACGAGAUUCGGAUUCGAGAAGAGUACGUCCGUGCCUCGAUGGAGGUUGUUCAAGCGACGACGACGACCCCCUUGAUGACGAGUCGUGACGCCCGAGUCGUCUGGACCAUAAUGUAACUAACUUACCCUUCCUCACCACAC